AUGCCUCCCCGACCCCGAAACAUUGACGACUCUCGAUCAGAGGCCUCGAGCACAGUGGCGAACCAGAAAGAAAAGGCCCUCCUGGGUCCUACAGGCUCGUCUGGGAUUACGAAAGCAAGACGCACCGCCGCCGCUAAUGCACAUGGUGGUGCAAGUGGGCAAUCGAGCAAGGCGGCUGCAACAAGCGCCAUAACAGCAACAACAACCACAACCACAACCACAAUAACAACAGCAGCAGCAGCAGCAGCAACUUCAUCCUCCACAGCGACGGAAAAAGACCCCAGUCUACCCAAGACCGACUGGAACACAGUCCCUGCAUCGAUCCUACGCACAUACCGAGUCGCCUACCGUCUCCCCGUCCCCUCAACCUUGAACCAUCCACACGCCGACCUAACUUAUAAGUCCUCCCGCGUAGCCCUCCGCGCGCCGUCUGCGGUGCAAGCGCGCCGAAAACUCCGCGAGCAGAAACACCAACGACGAAAUGCAAAUCCAAGUUUAAAUGCGGCGCAAACGAAUGGCAUGGGUACGAGUACGAGUACGACAACUGGCAAGAAUAGCAAUAACAAUAGCAAAUCAUCGUCAAAGGACAAAGACAGGGACAGGGAAAGGAAAGAGGGUGGAAAUGCAUACGCUACGAACAAUAACAACACAAACGAUUCGACGGCGGCAGCAGCUCAUGACCGCAGUUCAGAGCAAGCGUCGUCGACAUUGUCUGCUUCGACGACGAGCUCGUCGACGUUUCUGGGACGGCGCGAACCUGCCUCGCACCUCGCCAACGCCGUGAGGAAGCAUUUCAAUGCGCAGCAGCUGAGCGAGGCUGACACCAUCGCCCGCUUCAUCUACGUCGUGCAACAGAACGGCCGCACCGUCAGGACAGAAGGGUCCGGCGGGGACGGGACGGGGUCCUGGAUGGGCAGCCAUGGGCGACAGGUUAGGAGGAUCGAUGGUCCUGGUGGAGAGGUCGGGUUCAGGCUUCGCUUCAGACCUUGA